CUUCGUUAAGAGGUUAGUCCGCCAACUUCGGACCUUCGUAAGUAUUAACAAGGUUUCUCUCCUUGUAAUGUCCUAAAUUUUACCCUCUGCACUUUGUUCUAUUUUUGUCUCAAUUCUUCUGAUUUUCCAAAGAUAGAACAUAUACUUAGCCGAAUCCUAACAUGUCGCGUUCAAAAUCAAGAUCUGGUUAUAUCGAAAUUGGACAAAAGAGCCACGUUUCUGCUCUUUCUAGGACAAUCUCUGCAACAAAAUUAUGCAGAGGGGACGCUUUGGUCUCACAGAUUGACACCAAAGCGAUUCAAUCUCUCCAACGAAAGCCCUUCAACGUUGUCAAUUUAUCUGAGAAUCGGAUUGUUAAGAUGCAACUGCAAAUGGGUGAGCUUGAGGAUGAGCUGAAGCGAUUGAAGGAGCAACUGGUUGCAGCGGAAGAAGAAAGAGAUCGAGCAAACGAUGAGCUUCGAGAGAUGAAGAUUGUGGCUCAGGAGGCUAAUAUGAGGCUAAGUGAGGCAUUGUCGUCUAGGAAGGUGGAGGAGGUAAUUUCCGAGCUUAAUACUGUGAAACAAUCAUUGUCUAAUUCAAAACUUGAAUUGGAGGACAAAGAAAAGAUUGUCGAGUCUUUGAAACUAGAACUCGAAAAGGCAAAACAGUUUGAGCUCAAUCAGGAAGAGAGAGACGAAGAGUCUUUAGAUUGGUUGAAUGAGGAAUUGAGUAAUGUUAAAGCCUCCAAUACUCGUUUGGCUGAUUUAGUGUCAGAAAGUGAGAAAAGGAUUCGGGAACUCGAGGGUGAAGCAGAGAGAGGAAAGCAAUCAGAGUCCAAAAUGUUUGAUACAGUGGUCUCCCAAACAAAAGAGCUUGAGCAAACCAAGAUUGAACUUGAAGAAUCCAAGCUUGAAAUUGCUUCUCUUCGCGAUAAGUUGGAUCAUUUGGGAAUUACCUCUGGGCAUAGUAGUAAAGAUCUUAGUGGAUAUCACAUGGAGGAAGAUUUUGAAGGUCUGAAAUCCGAGCUCUUAUUGCCAAAAGAGAAUCUGGCAAGUGCCGAGGAGGAUGAGGAAGUUGCUUCUCUGAAGGCCAAUAGUCCACUUGAGGAGACAGAUUUGCUUAAGAAUGAAUUGAAGUUGGCACUUGAAGCAGAAGAGAGAAACAAGAAGGCUAUGGACGAUCUAGCGUCAGCACUGAAAGAAGUCGCGACAGAAGCCAAUCAAGCGAAGGAGGAACUCAGCUCAACCCAAGUGGAGCUAGAGCAUUUAAAAGAGGAGGCAGAGCAAUUGAAGGUGUUGGUAAGGAACACUGAGGAUAGGUAUCAAAAGCUUUUGGAGGAAGCAAAGAUAGAAGUAGAGCGGUAUGAGAACACUGUGGAGAGACUGAGAUUAGAAGCUGAGGAAUCAACUUUGGCAUGGAAUGAUAAAGAAAAGUGCUUUGUCAGUUGUAUAAAAAAAGCUGAAGAGGAAAGGACUUCUACACAACAGGAGAACAUUAGACUGGUUGAAUCCCUAAAAGCAGCUGAAAACAUGACUAGGACAUCCAAGGAAGAAAAUCACAAACUGAGGGACAUACUUAAGCAGGCUCUCAAUGAAGCUAAUGUUGCAAAAGAAGCCGCUGCCAUUGCUAGGUCUGAAAAUUCCCAUCUCAAGGAUAGCAUAACUGAAAAGGACGAGGCUUUGGAUUUUUUUACCCGAGAAAACGAACGCCUCAGGAUCGAUGAUGCUGCAGCUCAUGCAAGCAUCAAGGAGUUGAAGCGGUUGCUUUCAACAAAGUUAAAGACGGAGGAUAUGGAUAGAGGAGGGAGAUUUAAGUCACCACUCUCAGUGGUUGAAGAGCGUAUAGAGGGCAAAAACAGGCAUAGAACAGCUUUCAGUUUUGAUCUACAUGAGCUGAAAAUUCUGAAUGAACAUGAAGAUGUAUUUAAGGAGAUUGUAUACGAGGACCCUGAAAAGGCCGAGGCACUUAAGGGCUCAAUAUUUGAUAAUAACGUAGAUACACCAAAAUCAGAGCCCCGAACACCAAAACCAGUGUCCCAUCACCGAAGAAAGUCUUCGUUCAUGGAUGAUGGAGAAUCAACAAAUUCAGAAGAUCUUGGUCAUCUAGAUGAGACUCAUUCUGAUGAUGCAGAAAAUCAUGGGUCACAGAGAAAAAUGAGAGCAAUGUUACGAAGAUUCGGAGAUCUUCUUGUAAAAAAGAAAAGUUCCCAUAAAAAGGAACCAUCCAUUGAAUAAGCCCUUUUAUUUACCUAGAUUUACAUAGUUUUUUAGUUAAUGCUAGAAUUACUUAUGUAGUUCCUUGUGUAACAAUAAUUACGAGUCUGUAAAUUACAUUUGAAUAUGGUCCAUGUCAUUUUAUGUGAUAAAGUUUAUGAAUGAAAUUACUUCUGAGAGUAUUGCAUUACUGGCGGAUCUUGUUUAUGUUGCCUUCUCUUCUGAGGAAAAUAUUUACUGCAAGCUUCCUAUGAUUGCUGUGGAGUUUUUGCUUCUGUGAUGCUAUUAGAUUCUGAUU